AUGCAGCAAGAGUUUCUAAUGGAGGAGAGCAGAGGCAAUCAACUUCCUGGCCAGAGGUUCUGCCCCAUGGACGAUGAACUAGUUCUCUUUUACCUCAAGCCGAUGUUGAGCGGACAGAACGUGCCCGGCAGAAACCGCGUGGUGUUCGACUGCGACCUCUACGGUCAGCAAGAACCUUGGGAGAUAUGGGAGACCUUCAAGGCCAGAAGACCACACGACUUGAGGCUCAAUAAGGACAUUUACUUCUUCACCCAACACAAGAAGAUGAGUUCCACAGACAAGCGCAUACGCCGGAAUGUUGGAAGUGGCACCUGGAAGGGGGACGACUCCGGCAAGCCAGUACGAUAUGUUGAUUCUGGUUGUGUUGUUGGCUUAAAGAAAAGAUAUACUUACAAGAAUGAAGACUCGGUGCACAACGGCUGUUGGAUCUUGUACGAGUUCUACCUUGAUCGAUCACUCAGAGACAAGAAACAAAAGGUGAAAGACUGUGUUCUUUGUCGACUACGAAAGAAUGAUGAACCCAAAACCAAGAUUGAAAAGAAGAGAAAGCAACGUGAAGAGGAACAGUUUCUUGAAAACAAUUAUGCCUGUGAUGAUGGAGAAAACUCGAAUAGGGAGCAAGAAGUGUUGCUUGAGCCGCAAGCGAAGCGACAACGAACCGUGCCAUCCAUUGAUAAUGCACCACCAACAAUGCCAUCAGAAGAUGAUGCUGCAUUUGCAGCUGAACUAGAAGAGUCAUUGGAAUGCUCUGAAGAUGAUAAUGCACCCUCAUCAGAAGCUGAAGCAGUUGGCCUUCAAGGUGAGGAGAAUGGUGGACUCCAAAAAUUAGCAUCCGAGGGGCAAUCAUCAGGGCCUUCAUUUGUAGACUAUUAUGGAAUAUUUAAUCCGCUGCUGGAGGAAGAUUUUCUCUGGGAGGAAAUGGUAGAAGAAAUGGGUACGGUAGAGAAGGAAGAACCAGUUCUUAAUUGUGUAAGUAGUAAUAUAGAUGUGGCUGAAGAUAACGCGGAUGCUGCGUACUGGCUUGAGUCUUUGGUAGAGGUCCCAACUGAUGAGCAACAGAAGACAGCUGAUGAAGAUUGUUCAGAUUGGUUGGAGUCAAUGAUCAAUUUUAGUCCUGAGGAGAACAACUUCCUUUGGAGUGAAAUGCAAUGGUGUUCGUAG